AUGCAUGAUCCUAAACGUAGACUUGGAAAACUCAAUGAAGAGGAUCAUAAAAAUGAAAUUCAAUUUUCAAUCUUUAUGCUUGGAAUUCUUGAAACAAAUAAAUAUAUGGCUUAUAGCAGAUAUUUUGGUUGGAAACGAGGAGGCUUUAUGGUGAAUAAAGAGACCAAAGCGCGGUCAAAUGAUGCGCAUUUUCAGAUCCAGUUAAAGCAUGAUAGAAUAUCAAAUUGGGCUAAAACUAGAAAAUUGGAAUUCCCAAAACCUCCUCCUCUUCCCUCGUACCCUCUCUUAUCCCUCUACGCCUUCAUCCACCGUCUCGGAGCCGAGCUCGCCACCCGCCUCCACCACACUAACCGUCUAUCCAGUAUCUUUGCCAUCGGUUUCUCCCCGCAGGCGACUAUCCUCCAUCGUCCUGUCUUUGCGUCGGUUUCUCAGCCGACAGCUGCGGCAGCUGCCACCUCGAGUCUUGAACAUGUUGCUAAAACACUAGCCGGAACCGCCGUGUAUACAGUUAGCAACUCCAACAAUGAGUUCGUGCUUAUCUAUGAUCCCAAUGGAAUCAAGUCUAUUGGCUUCCUUUGCUUUCGCCAAGAAGACGCCGAGGCAUUUCUCGCUCAGGUUCGGUUACGGAGAAGAGAGCUGAGAAGUAAUGCUAAAGUAGUGCCGAUCACACUUGAUCAGUCUGACCUUCUUGUUAUGAGGAAGAAAAACAAGCGCUUCUGCCCAAUAUAUUUCAAUAAGGAAGAUAUAGAAAAAGAACUUUCAAAGGUUUCGAGGGCAUCAAGAGGAACCAGUGCUUCUCAACAUAUCAUGGUGUCAUAUGUAGGAAGCUUGGAAGAUGUUCUGAAGAAAAUGGAGAUGAGUGAGAAAAACUGGGGCUGGGAUGAUGUAAUAUUCAUUCCACCUGGUAAAAGCUAUUCUCAACACAUCCAAGAUGUGAUGAAAGUAUGAAGCUGUAUGCAUGUUACUUCCGACUGUCCAUUUGAUAGCAUCAAAAGUGCAAUUACUUCAACUCGAAGCCCUUGAAUUCGAAUUUGGGAUGGGAGAUAUAGGAUUUUUACGUCAUAGAAGCAGGCUACCCUCCAUUUGUGUAGUCCAAGAUCCAGUGGGUUCUCCAAAUGUUAACUAAAAAGAAAAGAGAAAAGGUAAACAGAAACUCUAGUAGCUGUGGUCAUUGAUAUGCAUCUAUACUUUUGAACGAGUUAAUAGCCAAGAGUGAGGAAACGUGGAAACGAUUUUGGUUGAUAUACCGCAACUACUAGUUAGAAUUGAUUGUCUCUCGACUUUUAGUUAUAAAUAUUGCAUUUCUUCAUCAUCAAGAAAGAAUGUUAAGAAAAAGCAACGGAGAAUUUAUUUGCAUAUUGUUUUCAUAAAAUGACUCUUAAUUCCCACAUAAAUCAACUACAAGUAACCCAUAUAUGAUGCAAAGAAAGAAAGACCCCACUGUUUCUAAUUCCUUUCAUGCCUUUUCCCCUUCUAUCCCUUUUGAUUUGUUGGUCUUAAGUACUCAUGCUUCAGGAUCAGGGACGGCUUGGUCUCGAAAAGAAAAUAGCACACACGUCUAAUAUAUCAAGAAUAGACAACCGCUUAUUGGUCUACUUUUUGGAUUUCCAAUCCGUUAAAUAUUUGAUUCAAUACCUGUUCAAAGGAUAAAGUCCGAAUUUCAUUUUUAUUUAAAUCAAGAAAAUAUUCGGGCCUCAAACGCCAGUUUGUAAUUAUCAACAACUGACAUUCGGGGCAAAAUCUUGAUAGUUUACCUUUCAUUUGGCUUUGGUCGUGUACUAAGCUGCCUUUAAAAUCAUUUCGGAUGAGUUGUGAUAACACCGAUGGCCGACCUACAUCCUGAUUAAAUCAUCAUGGAUCAUUUAAUUAUUGAUUUAUUGAAUAAACAAGAUAUUGGUGGAACCUGGCAUAUAUUUCAAUAACGGCUAAACGAGACAUUUCCAAUUGCAUGUAGGAAGUUGACAGGGCAAC